GUGUGCGGACGUUCUGCCGUAAGACAUCUAGCCUUUAUUUUUAUGUCUUAUUCCGAGAAGAUGCGAAUACAAAUUGUAUUACUAUGAAAAACGGAAAACGGAAACGGAAACCGGACCGAGGAUUUACAAAACGUGGUAGAAGAAGAAAUAUUCAAGUCCGCGGUUCGCCAUCUAGACGGCGUUUAACCCUCCUUUUGUUCCAAGGCGCUGAAUUAGAGUGAAGUUUAAAGACAAAGUAAAACCCUGUGCAGACUAUCCAGAGGCGGCUCACCUGACCUGGCUCUCCUUAUGACGAUGCAGCAGAAUGAGCCCUGAAGAGACCUGUCAUCGUGAACCCUACGUCUCUACCGCACGGUUCCCCGGCAGAUCCAACCAUGCCGCUGCAGUUUGUGUAUAGUGACCAGGACUUUGUCCCAGACGUGCGUUGGAGUGAUGGGGAAAGACUCGGGAUUUCAUCAACGGCAUCAAAGUUUGACACAACCAUCCAAGCCGGCUGGACAGACAGGAUGAAGGCGGGGCUCUUCCGCUACCAUCUGGGGGAUUUACAGACACGGAUCCUGCCGGGCCCGCAUGGCUACGUGGCCCAGCUCAACAUUCAAAGAGGAAUAGAGAGAAGAAAGCCUCAGGAGAUACUAAGCAUUCAGCAGGAGUUCAAUGCCGAGCAGUUUAAUUUUAACAAAAUUAAUCCAGAAGAGAUCCUAUUUGAGAUGAUAAAGGGCGUUGAGGGAGGAAGUGAAAAGGGACAGUUGCAUGAACCCUGCAGGAUGGUUGUGCUGGUCAACGUCAGCCCUUUGGAGUUUGGCCAUUGUCUCUUUGUUCCACGCCCGUCAGGGUGUUUCCCACAGGUCAUGACGAGCUUUGCCAUCCAGGUUGGCAUCGAAUCCGUGCUCCUGAGCUCCGACCCUGGCUUCCGCGUAGGGUUCAAUAGUCUGGGAGCAUUUGCGUCGGUCAAUCAUUUACACCUACAUGGGUAUUACCUGCAGCACCAGCUUAAGAUAGAAUCUACCCCAGUCAAGCCUCUGGUUCCCGAGAAGGGCUUUUAUGGCUUGUUGGACUUUCCGGCAGGUUUUUUGUUUUACACAGAAUCCGAGAGGGUGGCGGAAGUCGCUGAAGCCAUCUGCCGAGUCACCAACUUUCUCGUGGACGGCAACAUUGCCCACAACGUGUUCCUGACGAGAGGAUGUGCCCCCCGUGAACGCACACAAAGCGAAAAGGAACGCUGUUCAAGAAGAGGCGUCCGCGUCGCUGUAUGGCCGAGGGCGUCGUGCUUCGGUGCCAAAGAGGAAUCGGCCUUCAACGUGGCUCUCUGUGAGCUCGCUGGACAUUUACCUUUUAAGAACAGGAAGGACUACGAGUUCAUCUCUGAGAGAGAGGUAAUAGGUAUCAUCCAGAGGUAUCUCCUGCCUGAUUCAGAGUUUCACACGUUGGAACAGCAGCUUACUCGUCAUUUAAAGGAUAAAUAAAGUAUCUGUAGCCUUUUUGAAUCAACGCUUUUACAAUGAGUUUCUCUACACUUUAUUGUGCUUUGGGGUUUCACUGAAUCUUUUCCUGCACAUUGGACAUGCUCAAAAAUACCUUCAUGCAUAAAGAUCUUUAUCAGGGGGAAUAUAUUCAAUGGAAGGGUGUGCUGUAUUCAAACUGUUUUUAAAAUAAACUGCCAAAUUUUUUUGUUGUGUGAUGAAUGUAAGGAAAGCCAAUCAGACCAAUACCACACUGGCCUUUUUUAAGAUAUGUGUUGCCUUUCGUUUUGCCACAAGAAUAUUCAAAAGAAGAGUUGUGUCAACUGUAAAUCUCUCGUGAUGAAAGUGUUAGAUUCAGUAUGACUUCAAAGGGGAAAAGGUUCAAUGAUACGAGAUUCAUUUCCACUUUUGCACUUGAAUUUUUUUAUUUGUGUAACAAAUUCAGAGAAGUCAUGUGUAACAGCAGCUGUCAAUCAAGCCCAGUCUGUAC